UUGGCUGAUUGUGUAGUGAUCGGUCUUCCCUCAACGCAGGACCUUAUAAAUAGACUCAGAUAAGCGAAAGGCACUCAAGUCGGAACAGGACAGGAAUACCGGCGUCUCCUUUUCCUGUUUAAAGAAGAGGACUAUAACUGAUCGCUCUCGAAUGGACCCGCAGCCGAGCGCGCCCCCGAUGAACCUGCACAUCCACUCGACAACGGGCACGCGCUUCGAGCUCUGCCUCCCCGCCGAGGAGACGGUGGAGGGGCUCAAGAGGAGGCUCUCUCAGAGACUCAAGGUGCCCAAAGAGAGACUUGCGCUUCUGCACAAAGAGACGCGCCUGAGUUCAGGGAAGCUUCAGGACUUGGGCAUUACAGAUGGGAGCAAAUUAACACUCGUACCGACAGUCGAAGCAGGUCUAAUGUCUCAAGCUUCAAGACCUGAGCAGUCAGUAAUGCAGGCUUUGGAGAGUCUGACUGAAACGCAGGUCAGCGACUUCCUGUCUGGCCGCUCUCCUCUGACCCUGGCCCUGCGCGUGGGUGAUCACAUGAUGUUUGUCCAGCUGCAAUUGGCAGCACAGCACUCGGGCAACCAGCAGUCCCAGCACCAGCAUCUUCUCACACGUAGUAGCUCUGAUGGCACAACAGGACAUUCAGCAGGCACUGCAGCCAUCGCUGGCACCCAGAACAGGGUUUCUCAUAACCCCCACCAACACACACACCUACACCAUGCGCAAACAACUCUUCCACCAAGCCCUGUGAGCCCUUCACCGUUUCCUGCCUCUCCUGCUGGCCACUCUUUGCCCCCUAUGUAUCCCACCUCAACAUCCAGGCACUGCAGUACUCCUACCCGCUCCUCACAUCUUGCAGAAGCCACCUUUCGUUCUCAGCAGCCUCUGUCUGCUUGUCAGAGCUCUACUAGCAGCUCUAGCCCUGCUGGUUCCUGUCCGGAGGCAAACUGCACCACAAAGGCUGCAGGCAACUGCAGCGCACCAUCACGGUCUCGUAAACCAGGUGCUAUCAUCGAAAGCUUUGUCAACCAUGCUCCUGGAGUCUUCUCUGGGACAUUUUCAGGCACUUUGCAUCCAAACUGUCAAGACAGCAGUGGGCGGCCACGGCGUGACAUCAGCACCAUUUUGCAGAUCUUAAAUGACCUCCUGAGCGCCACACGCCACUACCAGGGCAUGCCUGCCUCUCUCACACAGCUUCGCUACCAGACACAGUGUGGCGGUGCAGCAUCUCCUGCUCCCUCGCCACCCCCAUCAGCCGCAGCCGAGCUCGCCAGCCUCUCCUCCAAAGCUACCUCUGUGCCGUCUGUGAGCCAGGCACCUCUCCACCCACUGGUACAGUGCCAGAGCCAGGUCCGAAUGUGCAAACCUCCUGGUGACCGACUGAGGCAGACAGAGAACCGAGCAACACGCUGCAAGGUGGAGCGCCUGCAGUUGCUUAUGCAGCAGAAACGGCUACGGCGAAAGGCUCGGAGGGACUCCCGUGCCCCGUACCAAUGGCUCCCCAACCGCAAAGCUGGACGCAGCAACAGCAACAGCAGCAUGUCAAGUGAAGGCUCGCUCGACCUGGACUUCGACGACUCUGUAUGGAAACCUGACGUCAAGGCAGACAUGAAGUCUGAGUUCAUCAUGGCCUGAAACAACAACGUCUUAACUGAGGAGCGACAAGAGUUAACUUUUAUGUACAGGAACAGGAAUAAUGUGAGACUGUAAGGCUGGUGUGACUGAGAAAAAAACCCAAAAGCAUUGUAUGCUUCCCUUCAAACAGACUUGUUUCACAAAGGAAGUUAAACUGACCUUUACCGUGUAUCCCUGUCAGCCUGUGAUUAUGAAAAUGGACUGAAACAAACAAAAAAAAAAAACUGUUAAGAGAAAUAAAAGCAAGAAGGGAGCAUAGCAGACUUGAAUGGUGUAGGACAUUUUCUUUCUCCGUUCCCAGGGAGAACACGGGGAUGGAAAUCCAUCCAGGGCAAAUGCAGCUAUCACAAAUCCAGAAAACCCAUGUUUUUUUUUGUUCCACUCGCCCCCCACCCCCCUCACUGGGGCAUUCACAGUUUGAGCCAUGAAGCAGAUAUUGAAUGGGGAUGAUUUUUUGUUUUGUUUAUGCUUUUAUAAAUAUUAAUCAAUUUACUUGUUUAAAACAAAUAUGUAGCAUUACCCACAUAGCAUUCAGGUUUCUAUUCUUAUGGAUGAGGAAGUUUUAUUUGCACAUAUCUUUGAUUUUCAGCAAGGUCAAUACAAGAAUUGGUACAGUGCGUGUUGAGCCUUAAAGCUUUUUAAAUGCAGCUUGGUGUAUUGACUGGUUAACAGAGGGAACUACAAAAGCAAAACAUGACUUGUGAGGACAGUCCGAUUUCAUAUUUAAUUUGAGUUCCUUUCGAAUUUGACAUGGCUAGCUAUCUAAACUUUGAGAAGUUCUUUUACAUUGCUUAGUUCAUGUUGGCUUACCCCAAAAGUUUCCAGCUAAAUCUUAUUGCCUCCGUGCAUACAUUAGAAAACAGCUGAUUAACAUAUCCUUAAAGCAUUUGAGCCCAUCCUUCCACUUGAGAAGUCUCCUGUCUUGUCUAUGUGAUGGUAGUCUCUUUAUAAAACCUUUUGCAAAUUGUUCUUGAGUGAUGGCCUACUUAAAUUGCCCUUGUUUAAGCCCCUCAUUCUGUCUGGUUAGAUGCAGAAAGAGGAGAACAAUAGGGCCUCAGUUGCCAUCUUCUCCUGCUCGAUAGUGCCUCACGGGUAGAUGCACUAACAUCCAAUUAGGCCUUCCAUAGACCCACAGGUCUGCUGCUACACAGGACUUUACUUUGCAUGCAAAUGUUUGAAUUUGGCUCUUUUUUGUUUUACAAAAAGUGUGAUAGACACAGGUGCUUAAAAGAAAAAAAAAUGCAUGAAAGAAUGAAUUUGUUUUUUUUCUUUUUAUAAAAAAAGGAAAAAGGAAAAAAAAAAAAACAUUUGCUUGGGAAUUGCUUAUUAGAAAUGUUGUGGUGAACCAAAACCCCAGGACAGGACACUCUUCGUAGUUUCACAGUGUUCUUGGAUCAUUCCUGGACUGCGACGAGCUUGGAGCAAACGAACAUUUUUAGCAUCCCAGCAAGAAUGAGCCCCUAAAUAGCAAACAAAUCCUUGGAGCCACAGUGAUGUUGGACCAGCAUCUACCCCUACUGACUCCAGACUCUAGUCAAGAAUAAGAAUUGAAAAAAAACACACACAAUUGCACUCGCUGAGUUUGCAAUGAGAUUACCUGCCUGAAUGGAACCUUGUCCUUUUUUUUUUCUUUUUUUUUUUUUUUUUUUCUUUUCAAGUGGCCUUAACUUUCACAGAUGUACACUUAGGGACCGAGGGACUACAUGAGGAGGAUUUUUUUUUUUUUUUUAUUAUAAUUUUUUUUUCAUGGUGUGUGUUGUUUUUUUUUUUUUUUUUUUUUUUUUUGUCAACACAAUUUCCUCCAGUAAUUUGGGCAACUCUCAUUUCUUGAAGGUGGAGGCUCUAAUAUGUCAAGGCUUCUGUGCCUUAAUAUUGCCCAUUGGUAUGGGAGGGGGGGGUGGGGAGCGGGUCCUUCAGCAAUUGCAUCAUGAACUCUGGUAGAAUUAUUGGUAGUUUUUGUUCACAAACAUUUAGCACUACCUGGAAGUAAUGGCAAAGGCUUCAUGUUUCACUAGUGUGCUCCAUACUUUGUUGCAAAGUCUAGUCCUUUAAGCCCUAAUCUGUCCUAACACCAAGAAGCUACAAAAUAAAUGUAAAAAAUAUAUAAAAUAAAUGUGUGGGGGCGACCUAAACAUAAUAUUAAGGAAGUUCUAGCUGUAGUGAACAAAGCAACAAAGUGCCCUGACUCCUCUAAUGGAUGUGUCCUUUAAGGACAAGUUACUACAUGCACUUCCUUCCACCUCACAACUUCGAAGGACAAAUGUCCCAUCCAAAAGCAUUUUAAUCUCCAUAUCUCUAUAAAAUUAUACUCUGUGUGUGUCUCACCUAUAUGUGAAAUGACACAAAAAAGAAAAAAAUUAUGAUGAAUUUAAGAGUGGGCUGUUUAUGGGGUAAGGAUCAGGGAGAGGGAGGGGUGGGGCAUUUCUAAUCCAGUUUGUUGAAGUUCACAUCAUUUGAGUUGCCUGUUCUUUCCUGUAGCCAACAAUUAAAGAUGAUAACAAGUCAAAAAUACAAUGUUCUAGCUAUAGACCGGUGUAGCACAUGUGUGACUGUAUUAAUUUAUAAAAACCAAAAUGGUAACUGUGAAUUAUGUAUUUCUUUGUGCAUUUUUUUUUUUUUAAGUGGGAGAAGGCGAAACAGGGCAUGUGCCCGAUUUGUUUUUGUGGAAUAUAAUGGAAAGAAUCAAGUUAAAAAAACAACAAAAGAAAGUAUCUAAAUAUAUUUUUUUCUUAAGCAAUACAUUUCAGUGUGACUUGUGAUAGGACAUUUUCUUUUUUUAGGUAAUAAAUUGAAAGAAAACAUC